AUGGCCGAGUUCAAGUACUGCGGACUACGCCGCAUCCACCAGAACGACAGUCUUUUCUUUAAGUCGGCUUUUUCCCUUCUUCAAAAUAUAUCAGCUAUUCGAUUCAAAAUGUCUCUAAAAGCAGUCAACUGCCUGAAGCGCCCAGCACUGCACCUCAGAAGUCUGGCCAAUAUUCCUGUUCCUACACGAGUAUCACCAAUCAAAACAUGCAUCGCGCAAUAUAGCUCCCAUUCACCAAUGGGCUCGACAACCACCAGCACACGCAAACAAGUAACAAUUCAAACCAUCCAGAACCUCUACAAAAAGAACGAGCCCAUCACAGUCCUCACAGCAUCCGAUUUCCCCAGCGGCCAUGUCGCCGACACAGCCGGGAUGGAGAUCGUGCUCGUAGGCGACAGCCUCGCCAUGGUCGCAAUGGGCAUGGAAGAUACAAACGAAGUAACAAUGGACGAGAUGCUCCUCCACUGCCGCAGCGUAAAACGCGCCGUCAAGAGCGCCUUCACAAUCGCAGACCUACCCAUGGGGUCCUACGAAACCACCCCAGAAAAAGCACUAACAUCCGCAAUCCGCAUGGUAAAAGAAGGCGGAAUGAAGGGUGUGAAACUCGAAGGCGGCGCAGAGAUGGCAUCUACUAUCCGCAAGAUCUCGCAAGCCGGAAUCCCAGUCAUGGCGCAUAUCGGGCUAACGCCGCAGCGGCAGCACUCUCUCGGCGGGUUCCGCGUGCAGGGUAAGUCUGCUGCGGGCGCUGUGAAGCUGCUGCGGGAUGCAUUGGCGGUGCAGAAAGCCGGUGCUUGUAUGGUUCUUAUUGAGGCUGUACCGCCUGAGAUUGCGGCUAUUGUUACGCAGCGGUUGAGCGUGCCGACUAUUGGCAUUGGCUCUGGGAAUGGGUGUUCUGGACAGGUGCUUGUGCAGGUUGAUAUGUUGGGGAAUUUCCCCGAGGGGGAGACUUAUGCGGAUGCUUGGGGGGAGGCGAGGAGGGGGAUUGAGGCCUAUAGGGAGGAGGUUAAGAGUAGGGCUUUCCCUUCGGCGGAGUAUACUUAUCCUGUUUCUAAGGAGGUGUUGGAGGAGUUUGAGAAGGUUGUUGAUGAGGUUGCGAGUGAGGAGUCAUAA